AUGAUCGAUCCAGAACGACUCUAUGUUGAUCUUAUCUUCUGCGCCAGCAAAAAGUAUGCCAAUUGGGAUCCUGAAGUCCCCGUUGAAGUCGGCGACUAUGGCUUCAUCACCGCCGGACCCAAAUAUUGUUGGCGGCGCAAGCAGGGCACGUUUUUGAAAGAGGGGAACAUAUACACUGACGGCCAGGCCGAGAAGUGGAAGAUUCCAGAUCCCAAGGAACAUGGCACUGACUCGUCGAACGAGGGGCAAACCUGGAUCAGUUCGGAUAAUGCCCGUGACCUCGAAGGUGACGCCGGGGUAGGAGGGCAAACCCCCGCGCUGCUGCAAUGCAAGGUCAAAUGCACUUUCAAAGUCACAUCAGGCCAAGGUGCGAUCCUGGUUAUGGAUAAUGAGUCAGUCUCGACCAUCAAUCCCCCCGGCGUUCUCCGUCGUCUCCUUAAAGACGAGUCGAUGAAAGGCCGUGUCAUCGUCUCAGAGGCCCACAAGUCUUCCUCCUUCGCCCGCCUCCUCACAGCCAAAGGGACCUCAAACAUUGCUAUCGGAUUUAGCGUCGAGCCUCCUGUUUCUGGCGUCGUCUCAGGCAGCGCUAAUGGCAAAUGGGUUCGCAGUUCGAGCGCAGGAAAUUUCAAAACCAAGAUCAAUAAGGAUGGCAAACGCGUUUUUACCCCGUUGUUCAGGCUGGCGUCUUUACGUGAGAGUGACGUUGGGAAAGGGAUGAUGCCAAAGUAUGAAACUCAGGCUGAGUUGCGUUGUGCUGAAAUUUCCGAGUCGGUGAUGUGUUACCAUUCAUUGGAUGUGCCUUGCUCCGAUAACGAGGAGCUGGAGGAAGAAAUCCCAGAUGUACAAGAGGUGGAAGAAAUCCCCCAUGCACAAGAGGUGGAUGACCCCACGGAGAAUAAGAAUUCGAGCUGUGAUGACGAAGACGGCCCGCCAUUACCUGAUGCUUUGCCGCCCUGGUUCAAUGAAGAGGAGCCAAAGGAAGAUGAAGGAAGGUCGAGCAUGCGCAUCAGGAAAACUCUUCGCAUGUGGAAGACCUAUGGGAAUUCUUUCAUUGUGACGGCAGGCUCCUAA